CUUUUCUAUUUUCUUCCUAAAUUUUCUCGCAUUUUCCAAUCAUUUUCCUUCGUUUUCUCUUCUAUAAAUUCACCCUUUCCCCACUUUCUCCAACCUCCUCCUCCUUCUCCUUCUCCUUCUCCUUAUCUCUUCUCCGCCGCUCUCUCUCUCGCCCCCGUCCUACUUCUGCCCUUUCAUUACCCCUUCCUUUUAGAUGCUCAAUUUCUUGCUAUUGAUGUUUCAGCUUCAUGUCUCCUAUUCUCAGUGAAAUUCUCCUUUCCGGUUUUAUGAUCAAUUCCUCUCUACGCCGCCGCACUCAUCUCGUUCAAUCUUUCUCUGUUGUCUUCCUCUACUGGUUCUACGUUUUCUCAUGAACUUCCUUCAUUCUUCUCCCUAAGAUCGAUCACACCAGAUCCAUUCAUUUCUAUCCUUAUAAUCAUCCUUUCCAUUUAGGUUUUUCUCUUUCGAUCGACUAUAAGAUUAGAUCAUCUAUAUAUAUAAUCUGUAAUCGCUGUUUCUAAGUUUUAAUUAAUUGUUAUCAUCUUCAUCAUCUCUAUGGAUUCUGCAAGCGGAAAUAAUUCCUCGGGUUCUAUUAGGCUUCAAAACUCUGGUUCCGAGGAGGAUUUGCAGGUUUUGAUGGAUCAGAGGAAACGGAAAAGAAUGCAAUCGAAUCGCGAAUCAGCGAGACGAUCUCGGAUGAGGAAGCAACAGCAUCUUGAUGAAUUGAUGGCGCAAGUGACACAAUUAAAGAAAGAUAACGCUCAGAUUCUUUCAAAUAUCAACAUUACAUCGCAGCUUUUUAUGAAUGUCGAGGCUGAGAACUCGAUUCUGAAAGCUCAAAUGGCAGAACUCACGCAGAGAUUGCAAUCGCUCGAGGAGAUCGCUAAUUGCAUCAACACCGGCGGCAACAAUGAUGGCGGAUUUGGAGAAACGGAGGAGGAGAAAGCAUUUCAGAUUCAAACUAUUGUGGCCGCCGAUAGCUUCAUGAACUCAAUGAAUUUCUUGUAUGUCAACCAGCCAAUCAUGGCCACCGCUGAUAUCUUCCAUUAUUGAGUAGUAUUGAAGCUUUAAUUUCUUGAUCUGAUCUAUUUGUUAGAAAAAUGUGAGUCCAUGUUUCUGGUGAUUUCCAUUGCAAACAAGAACACAAGAUCACAAGAACUAGAAAUGGCCGAGAGGGGGCCUUAGUUGAAAUUAUUUUUGUAAGAGGGGGGUGGGGCAUUUGUGCAAAUCUCUCAUCAUCAAACUUAACACAUUCCUCUUUUAAUUAAUAUUGUUUAUGGAUCUAACCCCAUAUUUACAAAUUCUUAA